CCUGACUGCCUGACAUUUUGCACGGAGGUGUUCUCGUGAGGCCCCGCAGAUGUCCUUGUUCAGACCCCGGUCUCUUACGUUGACCAUCUUUUUUUUCUUUCAUCUCCCCCCUCCCCCCAGAUCAAAGGGCUUCGUCAACACUCCGCCCAGCCCACUGCACUCCUGAACAUCGUGUCCUGCCUGCUGUUCAAGUCUGGCCUUCAAUCAACCCAUUACUGCUUGUUUCCGACCGCUUCGAGCCCACAAACGCCCUAUUUCUGUCGGCGCGGCGCCGUGCACGGUUCUCGGAUGACGCUCGGCUUUACUGCUUUUUGAUUACUGCCAAACCACCCUUUCCUACAGUGUGUGGGACUGCCGCUAGUAAUCGACCCCCCGAUCGUCGGCGUAUUCGACUAGCACCACCACUCCCACACUCCCACUUCAACCUUGGGUCCCACCUGCGAACUGACUCAACCAUUCAAAACCCUCUCGACUCGUGGCAUCUCUACCCCAAAGGACACAAACCACCCCAUUCAACAUCCGCUGCAAACAGGGGCGCCGACCACCACAACUCACCCGUCAAUUUGACCAUCGAGACUCGAAAGUCACUCGCCUCCGACAACAUAACCACGACGACACCGCCGCCACGACGACACCGAUCGUGACUUCGACCGCGACCGGCAGCGAGACCGCGAGCGUCCAGUAAUCACCGCGCGGUUUGACCGACACCACAAGAGGUCGACAUGGCCAACUACGGGCGGCAAGGGUCACAUUUGGCCCAGUUCAUGAGGGAACAGCUCAACACCGUGUCAACCUCCGAGCCCGAGGAGGACUUCACAUCUCUCGACAAUUUGGACUUGUUCGCCAACACACAAUUCUUCGAUUUCGACAGCCAGACCCAGACCGAUUUCAAGCCCGCGGCCGACAGCCCGCCAUCGUCGAAAGCCGAGCCGACAUCAGCCACUUCAACUAUCCCGGGAGAAUUUGGGGGCAUGGAUUUCAACAUGAACAAUGGAGAGUUUAACUUCGGCGACUUCAAUAACGCAUAUGCGUCCCCCACAUUACACAACUUCCCCGACAGCCUAGGAAGUCUGCAACCCAUUCAGCCAAACCCACAGGCUGUCUACCCUGCGUACGCGAGCCAUGCCGGCAGCCAGCCCAAGACGGGCGAUAAGCGUCGGGCCGCUGAGCCUCAGACUCCCAACCGCGCCAUGAACAUGGAGGAGGUCUCGAGGGUUGCAGCCGAGGAGGACAAACGCCGGCGGAACACGGCCGCCAGCGCCCGUUUCCGCGUUAAGAAGAAGCAGAGGGAGCAGGCACUGGAGAAGAGCGCCAAGGAGAUGUCCGAGAAGGUCGCCGCGCUGGAGCAGAAGAUCACACAACUGGAGACGGAGAACCAGUGGCUAAAGAAGCUCGUCAUCGAGAAGAACGAGGGUUCCUCUUCGAGCAAGGCAUCAUCCCAAGCGACCAGCGACUCCAAGAAGGAGGAGAAGGAGGAGAAGGCUGAGGCCGAAAUCAUCGCCAAGACGGACGGGGCGCCGGAAGCAAAGAAGGCCAAGACUGGGACAUCCUCAUAACGCCAGUGCCAUCGGGUGGUCUGUUCUGGAGUAUAUACCCAUGGCUACUAGGAACUCAUAGGGCGUCCCUAGUUGCACACACAUUGGCAGGCGUUUAGGGGUUAGGCUCAGCCAACAUUAUGGUUCUGCUCCGUGCGGCACGGGCAGAGAAAUUGGGCGAGGAGCAUAGUUCCCCUGGGACAUGGGGAAAAUAUGGGUGACUGGACUUGACUUGAUUUCAUGUUUAUGUCUAUGUGGCAAAUGUAAUUCUGGUUCACGAUAUGUCCUGCGCGUAUGAUAAUGUUAUGAAUUCUCAUCCAAACACAAGAUUGACGGAUUGAUCACUUGGUCUCAUCACUUUCUGUCUUCAAUCCCUGCCUCAGAGCACCCAACCUGACCUGGUUCCUCUUCACCAGGAUCCGCAGUGUGUUUUUCCGCUCAAUCUCGGUCAUCUCACCCCAGUUACUGAUCCUGGACAUGGUGCCGUCCUUGUGAACCACCAGUGGGCCCAAGUGGUCCAGGCUGAUGGGCUUCCCGUCGACCUCAAGGGUCUGGACGUUAUUCCCAUCCUCCGUCGGCGGCGGAAGCGCCUUUGGGUCCCCGCCACCGCCACCAGCCCCAGCACCAGCACCAGCACCGUCUCCUCCCACGUCCCCCUCAGCAACCCCUGCGGCCCUUGCUCCUUGAUGUCCUCCUGCAGCAGCCUCUCCACGCUCGCCCGCACUCUCGCGAAGAUCUGCGGCGUGCCCUGCUGCGGCCCCAGACGCAUUCGGCGCGCCUGGGCCGCCUGGCGCCGCCUGAUUGGCCACGGGCCCAGAGGGCCCAUCUGGUGUGCUCCCGGGUGCGGCUUGCGUGCUCGACGUCGGGGGCCUGCCAGCGCUGGCCCCUGUCGCUCCUGAUCCUCCCAUGGUGCUGCCGUGCUCUGCCGCCGGGGUGUUCCCUGGUACUGCCUCGGGCUGCGAGGGCGUGCGGGCACUCGCACUCUCCUCCUCCUCCUGCUGCCGCUGCCGCCGGGUGCUGCUCGAGUGGUAGUAAUGAUGUGGUAGCAGCUGUGGGUAGACGCGGCUGACGAUGGGGGCAAUGCAAGGUCGCUGCCGAGGCUGUUGCCGCUGCUGCUGCUGGGUCCAGGUGUGGGGGGCUCUCCCUGCCGCGGCCGUUGAGCUUAUUAUUGUGGUGGUUGUUGGCGUGGUGUGCGCAAGUGAGCUGCGGUGAAGCUGGCCGAGACUCGCACGCUUCGUAAAGGUCCUCCUCAUUGCUGACUUGAGUCAGGUGUGCUCAGCGUCCAGGGCGGGUUGAUGAGAAGAAAAUACGGGUAUUUCAAGCGCCUGACUUGGGCUUGUCCCUCCUUUUCUCCUCUGUUGAGG